AUGCCACCAUUAUACACAUUAUGCAAAUUGUCGAGUUGGUGGAAAGAUAAAUGUAAAUUAGGAAGGUUUUGUUUUCCAAGUAAUUCUCCAGAAGCCAGAUGGAUACAGCAUGUUCGGACUAAGAUUACAACUGGAAAGAUUGUUCAGAAACGAAGAAUACCUUCAACGGGACCUGAAUGGCCUGUAAGGGAAUUUCGAGCAGUAUGGAUCGCUACAGUGGCCAAUAUAGACUGGCCAUUAUCAAAUCACCACACACCAGAACAGCAACGGAAUGAGAUGCUUACACUUUUGAACAAGCUACAGCAACUUAACUUUAAUGCUAUCGUGUUUCAAGUACGUUCAGCUGGUGACGCUAUGUACCAGUCCUCAAUUGAACCAUGGAGUAAAUAUCUUACUGGACAACAAGGAAGAGCGCCAUCCCCAUUCUACGAUCCUCUGCAGUUUGUUAUCACCGAGGCCCAUAAAAGGAAUAUGGAGGUACAUGCCUGGUUUAAUCCUUACAGAGCUCACACUAGUGCAAGUAAAAGUGGAUUAGCCUCGAAUCAUAUGGCUGUGGAAUAUCCACAGUAUGCUUAUACAUAUGGUCAUAAUAUUUACAUGGAUCCAGGAGCUAAAGUUAUUCAGGACAGAGCUUUUAAUGUCAUCAUGGAUGUUGUAAGGCGUUAUGAUGUAGAUGGAGCCCACAUGGAUGAUUAUUUUUAUCCUUACCCUGUAUCUGGUGUCAGUUUCCCAGACACUCAUACCUACAAUGCAUAUAGAUCUUCAGGGGGUCACUUGUCCAGAGAUGACUGGAGAAGAAACAACGUCAAUACCUUAAUACAAAGAAUCUACAAUGGAAUCAAGAGUACAAAGAAUCAUGUGAAGUUUGGUUUGAGUCCAUUUGGAAUUUGGAAGUCCGGUUAUCCAUCAGGAAUUGUCGGUUUGUCUUCUUAUUCUGCCCAAUAUGCAGACAGCAGAAAGUGGUUUAUGGAGGGAUGGGUUGAUUAUAUGAAUCCUCAAUUAUACUGGAGAAUAGAUCCACCUCAACAGAGUUAUACACAUCUAAUGGAUUGGUGGUUGGACCAGAAUCCUAAAAAUAGACAUUUCUAUGCCGGAAGCUAUGCAGGGCGAGUGGUAAAUGGUGGGUGGCCUUUGAGUGAAAUCCGACGACAAGUUGAAGAGUCCAGAGCCAGAACCAGUAAACUCAGUUUAGGGAAUGUUUUUUUCAGUGCUAAGUAUUUCAGGGACAAUAGCAAGGGUUUGGCCGAUAUGUUUCAAUCACAGCUCUAUACAGCUCCAGCUCUGUCACCAGAAAUGUCCUGGCUGGCAUCACCUCCAGCCCCGGCCCCCAGUGGUCAAACAGUAAAUGGACAUACAAUCAGUUGGAAUCGUGACAAUUCUGGGAAUGUUAGAUCUUGGGGUGUAUAUCAGAAACAGGUUGACUUGUGGAAUCUUUUGAAAGUGUUGAAUAAUAAUACUGUACAGUACACUGCAUCCGGAAGUGGUCAGUAUGCCAUUACGGGUAUAAAUAGAUUAUCACAUGAAAGUGAGGCUGUUAUUGUAAAUGUAGAUUCGAGUAUAAUUGGUUGA